AUGGCGCCAAGAAAGACCGCAACACCGUCUUCCUCACGCUCUCCGAUCCCAAUCGGUAAUUGCGAGGUCACAGUGGAAGCAGCUAAUUUCAGUUGCCAGUCGGAUCCCAACACCCUCCAAAUCUCCGUUUCCAGGAGCGCCAAAAUCAGCAUCUCAGUGAGGAAAGAGAUGGAGAGAAAUAAUGAUAGUAUUGCGUCAUAUGAAACAUUUCUAGUUGGUAAUCCUUCGUUCGUGGUUGUUAAUCCCAAAGAUGCCGAUAGCUGUCAAAAAUCUUAUCUCCAGGAAGUACUAAAGAUGUAUAUUAGGGAACUUCCUGCAAUGAAUUUUGCUGCCAAUACUGGAAAGCAAUCAAUGUUUCUAGAAAGAUGCGUUACGAAUGGGAAAUAUUGCACUUUGCUUUUGAAAUCGCAAUCUGUGGGAGAUUCUGAAGAGUAUGCUGAGAUUCCUCUUGCUGCUGUCAGUUCAAUUUACCAACACAAGGGAUUUGGUACCUGCUUGUUCAUGGAGCUGAGAAAGAGACUUCAGAGUGUUGGUAUAUGUACAAUAUUCUGUUGGGGAGACAAGGAUUCUGAAGGAUUUUGGCUUAAACAGGGGUUUGUAUCAAUAGCAGAGGUGGAUACCAAGGGUAAAUGCCGCAGGAUACCUAUUAAAGCUGACAUUCGUCGAGCUUUAUGCUUUCCUGGUGGUUCAACCCUCAUGGUUUUACAUCUUAACCAGGAUGUUUCCACAAAUACUUCAGAAUCUUUGAAGUUGGGCAUUUUAUUGAAGCCUAAUGGAAAGUCAUCUACUGCUUUGGAAAACCAACUGCCGGGAUUUUCUAAAGGGAAUUACACUACUCUGAAUACAGAAAAUCAAAUGUCUUUAAGAAGUGAAAAUUGUCAGCCUGAAAAUUUGGUAAAUGGACUUCCAAGAGAAGAUAAAGGUUCUCAGUGUCGGGAAACAAUGCAGUGUAUAAGGGAUCCAGUUCCUCUCAUCAGAGAAGACUCCAGCAAGUUCGUCAGUGCUGCAGAGGUAUUCACUAGUGGCGUUGAUGCUGAUGUAAGGCACUGUUCUUGUUCCAAACAAGUUUCAUGUGCAAAGAGAAAGGUCUGGGAAGCUUCAAUGUCAUCAUUGAAGUCAAAGAAAGUAAAGGGAAGCCAUCAAGUUGGCUGCCAAUCUGAGUCUAACUUCAGUUUAGUUUCAGAAACUGAUGGAAGUGAUUCUUGUCUACGAGGGUGCUCCUUUGUUUCUUACAAAGACAAACCUUUAGUUGCAGAUCCUCCUAGAGAUCUUUUGGGUAGUAGUUACAAGGAAAAAAAUGCUGAAGAAUGUGGACCUGUUAAUAUUACAUCAGAAACUUUAGUCAGGAAGGAAUUUCAGACACGGAGAGAAUUCUUUAAAAUCAUGUUGAUGAAUAUUGCUGAUGAUACCAAGAAAGCAAAUCUCACAAAGGUAAUUGAGGACCUUGGUGGUGCUAUUACGUCUGAUGGAAGCACAAGCACACAUGUUGUCACGGGGAAAGUGAGAACAACUUUGAAUUUUUGUACUGCUCUUUGUUCAGGAGCUUGGAUAGUUUCUCCCAGCUGGUUGAAAGAAAGCUUUCGUCAAGGAAGAUAUGUGGAUGAAUCAUCUUACAUAUUAGAUGAUAAAGAAUACGUGCUCAAAUAUAAAACUGAGUUAAGAGGUGCAGUUCUCAGAGCAAAAGCAAGUCCCCAAGGCUUGCUUAAAGGCUACGAUGUAUACAUAGCAGCUCAUGUUCAACCCACUGCUAGGAUGUUAUCUUGCAUUGUCAGGUCUGCUGGAGGAAAUAUUAUUAGUGAAUUGGAGAAAGUAAAUGAAGCUUCAAAAACAAUCUUUGUGGCAUGCGAAGAAGACAUGGAAGAAGUAUUGUUGGCUGUAAAGAAGGGGAUAUGGACAUUUAGCAGUGAUUGGCUUAUGAACUGUGUCAUGGGACAAGAGCUUGACUUGGAGGCUCCCCAGUUUGCAGAGUCCCUUUGA